UGCCUUGGCUACUGCCCACAACUGAGGGCCCUGAAUGGGUACUUCAAUCUCCCAUGUCCUGCUGCAGAGACUCGGACAUCUUCGGGUGGUAUGGCUGGCUGGAGCCAUGGCCUGGCCAGCCGGCCAACGCACAGGUCAACCUCUCAGCUAAGACCGAGCUGGUGGCCUGGGUAGUGUCCGACCGGAGGAAGGAUUCAACCAUGAUCUAAAUUCAUCUCCAAGUGGACGUGGAUGGGCGCUCCCACAAGCUACUGCCACAGGCAUUCACGACCUAGUGCCUGUCCCAGUACAAGUGUGACCUGGCUUUGCAGAACUUGCACCCCAACUACAUCACAGAGAAGCUGGGGAAGCAUGCGCUGCCGGCCUGGACCAUGCCCAUGGCGUUUUGCCCCAGCAGGAGGAACCGCGGACAAUUCCCGCCGCCCAACACCUUCGUCCACAUGGACAACUUCCAGAGCCCCAAGGAGCUGGCCCUGGAUAAAGACCACGUCGGCUCCCUAAGCUACUUCCACUGGCGGGGGAUGCUGCAGCCUUGAUCCUUCAGCUGGGCCCUGAUGUUGUGCAAGGCCUGCUGGCGGCUAUAGCAGGAGCCCACCUACCAGACAGUGACCAGCAUUGCUUCUUGGUUCACAUGGGCCGACCAGCCUGGGGCCUCACGUGCCAGCGCUUCUGCUUUAAGGAACCUCACCUGACAGGGGCCUCACCCACUGGGGAUGCGGAGAGGGAGUAUCACGUGCUGGGGCCCUCACCUCCCAGGAAUCUCACCUCCUGGAGACCGUGGUUGUUGAUCUCACUUACCUGGGACUUCACCUACUGGGCACCUCUGCUGCCAAGAAUCUGGGCUCCGGGGCCUUAACCUGCCAGGGGCCUCAGCUGCUGGAAAUGCUGGCUUCUGCGGACUUCACCUACC